AUGGAUGGAUGGAUGUUUUAUUUGAUAAGGAAGUCCAGAAGAUUUGGCUUCGUUAGAUUUGAGAGGCACGAAGACGCACAGAGGGCUGUGGAUGAGUUGAACGGGAAAGAGCUGAAGGGCAAGAAGGUGUAUGUGGGCCCAGCACAGAAUAAAAUAGAGAGACAGACUGAACUCAAGCACAAGUAUGAGCAGGGUCUGAACCUCUACGUGAAGAACCUGGAUGAUAGUGUGGAUGAGGAGUGUCUGCAUACUGUGUUCUCGCAAUUUGGAAACAUCGUGAACGCAAAGGUGAUGAUGGACAAUGGCUGCUCCAAAGGCUUUGGCUUCGUGCGCUUCUGGUCUCCUGAGGAAGCCAUGAAUGCAAUAAAGGGGCUGAACGGCAGGAUGUGGGGCAGGAGGCAGAUAUACGUGGGUGUGGCUCAGCGGAAAGAGGAGCACCAGGCUUACCUUGCCCAUCAGAACAUCCAGAGGUUGGCGAGAACGCAGACCCAGUACCUGGCUCCCUAUUAUGCCAGCUGCCAGCAGGUCAAGAUGACUUUUCCUCAUUAUACUGCACAGACCAUCCAAUCUCAAUGUAAGCCACAGCUGUCUGAUUGUAUAUCAGUGUUACACAGGCUUGGGAAGUAA